GACGCAGCCACGAGCCACUCGCGCUACGUCACCACGCCACCUAUCUGAAGUUCCCCGGUUAAAUCUUAACAAGUAGCAGUCAGAGGGAUUAAUCCCGCUCGCGCGCGUGCGGCUGCCCGUUUCCUCGGGAUAUAACAGAAUCACCACUUUUCUUACCCCACUUCCCUUUUUUUUGCCUUGUUAUGGUCCUUCUUGUAAAACUGUAAAUGUGGUGCUGAAAGUUAUAAGACGGAGUCAAUGUUUUGUAACAAAGCAAAGCCAGCUGACAAGAAACAAACAGAGGAACUAUGAGUACGGCCAAGCCCAGCGGGCUCAAAGCCCCCAGCAAGAUCAGCAGACCAGCUGGGACCGGGACCACCAAGACGUCCCCGUCAACUGCUGCUAAAGCAGUUCCAGGUGACAAAGCUUCAUCUGAGAACCAGGAUGCCGGUGAAGAGUUUAAAGUCGGGGAUCGAGUGUGGGUGAACGGGAACAAGCCAGGCUACAUUCAGUUCCUGGGAGAGACCCAGUUUGCCCCGGGACAGUGGGCCGGCAUUGUGUUGGACGAGCCAAUAGGAAAAAACGAUGGCUCGGUGGCAGGAGUGCGCUACUUUCAAUCCGAGCCUUUGAGGGGUAUUUUUACACGACCUUCCAAGCUUUCUAGAACUGAGGGUGAAGCUAAUGGAACGACAACAGCACCUGCGUCUCCAACACCCUCUACGACGGCACCACCGACGGCACCACUGGUCACUCCAGCAGCCGCUCCAGCAGCCGCUCCAACAGCCGCUCCAGCAACUGCUCCAACAACCGCUCCAGAAGCUGCUCCAACAACCACUCCAGCAGCUAGCGCAACAACCAAAAAAGCUACCAAGCCUGCCUCAAACCUGACUCGCUCUAAUUCCGAAUCAGUGUCCAACCUGUCAGAGGCAGGGUCAGUGAAGAAAGGAGAACGGGAGCUGAAGAUGGGCGACCGCGUCCUGGUUGGUGGUACCAAAGCUGGUGUAGUCCGCUUCUUAGGGGAAACAGAUUUUGCCAAAGGCGAAUGGUGUGGAGUCGAGCUGGAUGAGCCUUUAGGGAAGAACGAUGGUGCAGUGGCUGGAACCAGGUACUUCCAAUGUCAGCCCAAGUAUGGCCUUUUUGCCCCAGUGCACAAAGUAACGCGCAUUGGCUUCCCUUCCACUACUCCAGCCAAGGCAAAGGCCACAGCGCGGAAGGCGACUACACCGGCAGGUUUGAAACGCAGCCCGAGCUCCUCCUCAAUCAGCUCCAUGAGUUCUGUGGCCUCGUCUGUGAGCGGCAAGCCCAGCCGCACCGGUCUGCUGACGGAAACAUCAUCACGGUACACACGAAAGAUUUCGGGGACCACUGCGCUGCAGGAGGCUCUGAAGGAGAAGCAGCAGCACAUCGAGCAGCUCCUCGCCGAGCGUGACCUGGAGCGGGCAGAGGUUGCUAAAGCCACCAGCCAAGUAGGAGAAGUGGAGCAGGAGCUCACCAGUCUCAGACAAGGCCAAGAACAGUAUGUGGCUGAGAUGGAGGCCAAAAUGGAUCAGCUGCGUGCCCUGGUGGAGGCUGCAGACAAGGACAAGGUGGAGCUUUUGAAUCAGCUAGAGGAAGAGAGGAGAAAAGUGGAGGACCUUCAGUUUCGUGUGGAAGAAGCUUGUAUUACCAAAGGAGACUUGGAGACGCAGACCAGACGGGAGCAUGCCCUCCUUAAGGAGCUCGAGCAAAGUCUGCUCUUUGAAAAGACCAAAGCUGAGAAACUCCAGAGGGAGUUAGAAGACUCUAGGGUUGCUACAGUCUCUGAGAAGUCUCGCAUCCUUGAACUGGAAAGGGACCUUGCUUUGAGGGACAAAGAAGUGGCUGCCCUUCGGCAGCACUUGGAGGCUGGUCCUGGACAAGCAACUUCUGCUGGGGACCCGACAGCUCCGGUCCUCCAGGAAGAGCUCGGUUUGCUUCGUACUCAACUCUCCUCCCAAGCUGCUAGCCAUGAGAUGGCACUAUCUGCCUUGCGUACAAAGCUAGAAGCAGAAGCAAAAGCACAUUGUGAGGCUUUGGCUCAACUCCAGGCCUCUUCGGCACUUUUAUCAAAAGAUAACGAGCAGCUUCGUGCCCGAUUGGCCGAGGCAGAAAAGGAGAACGCAGAAGUCAUCGAGCUAUGGCGCUCCAAGCUAGCUUCAGCCAUCACUUCUCAUCAGCAAGCCAUGGAGGAGCUUAAGGCCUCCUCAGGUAAGGGGCCCGGAGACUCCCAGGCAGCCGAGCUUGUUAGGUUGCGAGAAACUUUGGAAAGGCUAAAGGUGGAGCACAAACUACAAUUAGAAGAAAGUCUAGUUAAGCACAGUGCUGAAGCUAAGAGGUGGACACAAGACGUCGACGAGCUCCGGAAACAGCUGCACGCCGUGACUGAGGAAAAGGAGCGUCUGGUGGAAUCUCUCCGCACUAACCUAGAGAGUGCGGAGGAUCAGCACCUGGUCGAGUUGGAGGAAGCUUUGGGCAAGCUACACAAUGCUGAGAUCAGGGUAAAAGAGCUAGAGGAGGACAACUCUAAACUGGGACACCAGGUGGAGGAGAAAACUCAGGAGGUCCAGGACCAAAACACUUUAAUUCAGUCCCUUCGCUCUCAACAGAGCCAAGGUGACCAGGAGGUCCAUAGUCUGUUAGCUCGAGUUGAGGAAGCGGAGAGCAAGGCCCGCAUGCAAGAAGGAAAGGUUACUGAGGUGACCUCCAUGCUGGACAACAAGCAGAAGGAGCUGGAUAGACUGCAACAGAACCUGGCCUCACUGCAGCAAACCAAGAGCUCGUUGGAGCAAGAACUUGCUGACUUGAAACAAAAAGUUACAGCAUCCUUGGAUGAACAGUCGGCGUCUUCACAAGCUGUUCAGAAGUUACAGGAGAUGCUCGGUAAAAAGGAAGAACAAUGCACAUCUCUUUCCAGCGAAUCCGAAAAGCUCAAGAUUCAGCUGUCUGGUUUGGAGGCAAAGUUGAAAUCAGGUGAAGAGAAGCUUGAGCAGCUAACCAAAGAUAAAGCCAAGCUUGAACACGACAUCAGUGAGCUGAUAAAGUCAUCUGGAGACAGCUCUACUCAGCUGACCAAGAUGAAUGACGAUCUCACUCAGAAAGAGAGGAGACUCGAAGAACUUCAGAAUCAGCUUUCGGAGCAGAAGGAGUUGGUUGCCCGGUCUGAGGAGAGCAGGAGUCAGGAGCAGGCUCGAGCGAAGCAGGAGAUGAAGGACACCAGCGAGAGACACCAGGAAGAAGUUUCCAACCUACAGGAGAAGAUCAGACAGCUGGAGAAGAAUGUUGAGGAGACUCACGCUAAGGUCCAUGAAGCCCAGGCCUCUGGAGAGAAAGCACUUGCCAGUGCCUUACAGAACCAUGCGAAGGAGCUACAGGAGCUACAGGGUCAGGUUGAAACAGCACAACAGCAGCUCUGCCUCUCUGAGGAGAAGUGCCAAAAACUUAAAGAAGAGGUGGAAGAGUUGGUGCCCUUUAAAGAAAAGGCUCAGUCUCUCACUACUGAAUUGACUUGUUCCAUGCAAGGGGCUGAGAAGCUUGCUUCUGAGGUUGGCGAUCUAAGGUUGUUGUCUGAGCGUCUAUCUAAGGAAAGGGAUGAAGUUCGUGCUCAGAAGGAAAAUGCGGAAAAGCAAAUUUUAGAAUAUCGCUCGAAGAUCUCUAGCCUGGAGGAGGUUCAGAAGGAUCUCUCAUCAAAAAAUGAUGAGCUAAAAGCGUCUAAUGAACAAGUAACAAAUGAAAUUAAGGAACUACGUUCCACCAAUAAACAGCUGCAUGAAGAAAAGUCAUCUCUCAACAAUGAGAAAGAACAGCUUUCCAAAGAUGUACAGAAUGCGAUACAAAUCCAAGAAGAACUGAAAGCUGAGAUUGGAAGCAUGAAAGAGACUAAAGCACAGCACCUUAUUCAAAUAGAAGAUCUCGAAAAGCAUAAAGCGGAGCAACAAGAAGUCAUACUGAAAUAUCAGCAGGAGGUUCAGCAUCAUGAGAAAAAUAGUGCAGACCUGGCUCAAAAGCACACCAAGGCCUGUGAGGAUAGGGAUAAGUUUCAGGAGGAGCUUAGAUCCUGCCAGGAGGAGCUGCAGUCCUCUAGAUUGCUGUGUGCAAAAAAUGAAGAGCUUCAGUCAAAGCUGCAGGCUGAGAAAGAGGAGCUCUCUGCUACGAAUGCUAAGUUGCAGGCAGAAAUCGAAGUUCUUCAUAAUGAGAAUGAAAAGGUGGGAUCAGAUCUCAAAACUGCCAUUUCAGAUAAAGAGUCUCUUGCGGCUGAAAAAUCAAAACUUCAAAAUCAACUCGAUGCCAUGAAGACAACACUGGAGCAGUUCAGCAGGGACAAUGCUGAGCUCCAGGCCUCCAAGAACAGCUUUGCCAGAAUGCUUGAGGAAAUCAAAACUAGCAGGGAAGUCACAGACUCUGAGAGGCUUUUACUCAUGGAAGAGAAGGAAAACCUCCUCGAAACCCAGAGGAAAAUGUCCUCCGAAAAGCAGGAGCUUACUAAACAAAUAGAAGUGCUGGUUGAAAAGUUGCGUCUCAGUACAGAAGAAGCCAAAGCUGCCAACGAGAAGAUCCAGACCGACACAGCAGCUUUUGCUCAGGAGAAGCAAAUGAUUAACACACAGCUCUCAGAGGCUGAGAAGAUUGUUCAAACCCUUGAAGAGGAAAAAAUCAGCUUAAAAUCUGCUCUCGAAAAGCAAAAUAAUGAACAGCAGCAUUUGGAACAAGAAAUGAGCAGCUUGAAGGAGAAGUAUGAAGAGGAAAUAUCGGAAAAGGCUUCUGUCUUAGCAGAGAAAAAUCAAUCGGAAGCUGACUUAUUAAGUGAGAAGAACAGUCUGAAAUCAGAACUGGACAAAAUGAAGCAGAUAAACGAGCAGAUAGAUUCAGAGAAGAUGAAACUGAGGCAAGAUAAUGAUGAUUUACAGACUCUUCUGCAGAAAAAGAGCUCUGAUGUAGAAUCUCUAGAGAAGUCCAAUGUCAGCUUAACUGAACAAAACCAGAAAUUACAGCUCAACUUGGAUCACAUGAAGGAAGAAUAUACAAAAAAUGCUGAUUCCUUUGAAAAGGAGAAGAUUUCCUUGAACAGCGUGAUAGAGGAGCUCAAGAAGACAAACAGUGAUCUGCUUCAGAAAGCUGAACAUCUUUCAGAUCAGAACAGAUCACUCUCUGAGGCCAAGAACACCUUGGAAGUUCAUCAACAAGCACUAGAAAUAGAUAAGAAUGAAUUAUCUGUUGUAAAGGAAAACCUUUCUAAAAAAGUUGAGGAACUAAUGAAUAAGGUUACGGAUUCUGAAAAAGAGAAAGCCAGCCUUUUGGAGGUGAAGUCCAAGCUUGAUGGUGAACUUGUGGCCAUCAGGAUGGAAAAACAGAAGGCAGAAACGGAACAACAGUUACUUAGCACCAAAGUAGAGCAAUUAUGGAACUCAUUAAAUGACACGUGUUUGGAGAAAAAAACACGUUUGCAAAACCUUAACCAGACUUCGGUUUCCAGUUGUGAAAAAGUUGAAGAGAUAUUUAGUGCACUUCAGAAAGUCAGCGAAGAGAAAACCUCUCUUGCCAAAGAAAUCGAGCUUUUAAAGACCCAGCAGAAGAGAAGCGAUGAAGACAGAUCAGAUAUGGCCGUUGCAAAAGAAGUUCUCACUUCCAAAAUUGCAGAACUGGAGAACACCACCAAGUGCCUUGUUAAGGAGAAGACCGACCUUCUGGAAUCCCGUGUAUCUCUGGAACAGGAAGUCCUGUCUCUUCGUCAGAGCGCGGAAACGGGUGACAAGAAGUGCUCUGAAUAUCUGAUUAAAAUUGAAGAACUGAAGAAAUCACAGCUUGAGCUGGAAGCAAAGUUACAAAACCUUCGUAAUGACAACGUUAAGCUGGAGGAGCAACAGCAAGCUGCGGAAAAGCAGGUGACGCUUUUAUCCAAAGCCAAGGAUGAGAUAGUCUCCAGCCUGGCUGCAGUGCAAGCUGAGAGGGACGCUCUACAGGCGGGAAAGGAGGAGGCCAACGUUAUGGUGACCCAACUUGAGGCCCAAAACAAAAGUGCUCUAGCAAAGCAGCUUGAGGCUGCGGAGAGUGCUGGGCACACAGCACAGGCCCUGGACAAACUGACUCAGGAAAAGCUUGCUUUACAGAAAGAAAAACUAGCAGCAGAGGCACUUGUCCAGGAGUUUAAAAAUGCCAAAGAAGACAUGCAGUGUCAGCUGGACAAUCUGUCGAAACAGAGCUCACAAUACCAACAGGAGCUGAGUAAAUCCAAAGAACAACUGAGCUCAGAGAAGGAGAGGAUCAGCAGUCUUUGCAAAGAAAUUGAGGAGCUGAAAAAAGCAGCAUCUGAAAACGCCCUGGCUGUGGAAGCUGUGAAACAGGAAAAGGCCAAGCUGGCUGAAGAGCUGUCCAGCAGCCAGAAGGAAAACGACAGCCAGCAAAAACUCAAGGAGCACUUGGAGCGCCUCAGGAGUCAGAUGAAGGACAUGGAAAAGAGGGAGCUCGCCCUGAAGAACGAAUCAGACAAGGAGAAAUCUGCUUUACAGCAAUCUAUCCAGAAAAACAGUGCCUUGAUUUUAGAAAAGAACAGAGAAUUGGAAACGCUGAGGAGUGAGGUAUCAGGGCUGCGUAGCGAGAGUGCCGCUGCAAACACCCUCCAGAGCACCGUGAAAUCUCUGGAAAGUGAUAAAGCUCAACUGCAGGAGCGAGUGCGCACCCUGGAGAAGAGCUUAACAGCAGCUCAGACGUCGAGUCCCGCAGACAUCCCCACAGCAGGGUCUCCUGCUCUGGACGAGAUGAGAGAGGCGAAGGAGACAGCCGAGUGUCAGGUUGAAUUCCUGAACUCGGUCAUCGUGGAUCUGCAGCGCAAGAACGAGGAGCUGAAAUCGAAGCUGGAGAAGAUGGCCGAGGCAGCACUUAAUGGAAACACAGCCAGUGAGAUGGACAACCACGAAAGCUUGUCCGAGUCUAAAACCAAAAAGAAACUGCCACCGCGCCUCUUCUGCGACAUCUGCGACUGUUUCGACCUCCACGACACAGAGGACUGUCCCACGCAGGAGCAGCUGCCUGAUUCUCCUCCUCACACGACCUACCAUGGCAGCGCCAGCGAAGAGCGGCCAUACUGCGACACCUGCGAGAUGUUCGGCCACUGGACCGAGUCGUGCAACGACGACCAGACCUUCUAAGCUGGCAAUACCCUUCUGCAAUACCGCACACGCCUUCAACAACACAUUGCACAAGUGUGGAAAUGUCCAUCUGUAGUGUGUGUGUGUGUGUGUGUGUGUGUGCGCGAGUGUGUGUGUGUGUGUGUGUGUAUGUGCACACGUGUGCAUUCACUCGUUUGCCAUAUCUCCCUACACAGUCCUCGGAUUUAAAAAAAAAAAAAAAGUGUGUCUGGGAUUUAAUCGCUUUAAUUUGUAUUCACGAAUGAAACAAUAUUGAAUUCUUUAACAGACUGUUAAAAGAAAGAUUGAUCCAUCUUGUUUUUUUUAAUCCAUGCGUUGAAUUUGUAAUAGCGGGUGAUGGAGAUCAUAGCUUAUAGUCACCAUUCAUUUUCGGACCUGUUCCAAUCACUGCAGCAGGCAUAUCCUUGUCCUAAGUGUUUGAAAGGAAAAGGGCGCUACAAUGCUAAUGCACUUUACUCCAACAUCCUCUUCCCCAGUUUUCAGCUCGAUGAAGAACAAGACGGUUUCGUAAACAGAAUGUAAUUCAAGGUUAUAUUGAUGCUGUUACUUUUUAGUUUUUUUUUUUUUUUUUGGGGGGGGGGGAAUAUUAUACAUCUGUACAAUAAGAAAUAAAUAUUGUUUAAAUCA